AUGUUGUCAGAUCAACAUUUUGAUGUAGUAGUGGAUAGGGCCAGGCAAAUUGAAAUUAGCUACAUAGGAGAUGAUGGAAACAAAGCAAAGAAAAAUAAGACUAAAGGGUCAUCCAGUUUCCCACAGAUGCACACCAUGGGUGACAGCCAGAGUCACCACAGUAGAAGGAUUAUAGGGAAUAAGAAAGCAGGUCACAAACAUAGAACUAGAGGAUUCAGGCCAGAUUAUGGCUCAAGCAGUGGUCAGAGUUUAGGCUACAACAGUUCUAGAUCUGGUUUAGGAUGUGGCCAACAGGGCCACUUUGCCAGGGAAUGUCCCAUGUUUAGUGAGCACUUAAUGGGGUCACAAGGUUCUGUUGGUAAUAUGCCCCGUCAGAUGCACCCUGGCACAUCCAGCAUGGUGGAUAAUUCCAAUAGGGCCGUGGAUAGGGAGGAUGUGGAUUUAAAGGCAGAUCUGGAGGCAGGAGUCAAUUUUAGGGUUUCGCAGCUCAAUGUAGGUUUUAAGCUCAGGUUGGGUAGAAAUCCUACAGCUCUAGAGUGUUCUUUGUCUAUAGUUACCCUGCUUAGUGGUAAUGUAGAUGUAUACAUGGUUUUUUCUGGUAGUCCAGUGGUAGUGGAUGAGAAGAUCCUUCUGACAGACUUGGUUCCUUUGCCAGUGAUGGAUUUUGAUGUGAUCUUGGAAAUGGAUUGGUUAUCAAAUCAUUAUGCCACCCUAGAUUACAAGAAUAAAAGUGUGUAUUUUCAUAUACCUAGAGUAAAAGAGUUUAGUUUUGAUGAUGAUAAAAGAGUGGCUCUAUACAAUCUAGUGUCAGUAACUAGCUCCAGGAAGAUGUUGAGGCACGGAUGUCACGGUUAUUUGACACUAGUAAGGGACACAUCUAUUGAAGGUAUAAAUAUGAAAGAUGUUCCUAUUGUUAGAAAAUUCAUGGAUGUAUUUCCUAAGGAGCUUCUAGAGUUGCCACUAGAGUUUUGCAUAAAUAUUGUACCAGGUACAAAUCUCAUCUCUAUGCCACCCUACAGGAUGGCACCAACAGAGUUAAAGGAGCUAAAGGAGCAGUUGCAAGAGCUUCUAAAUAAGGGUUUCGUUCGGCCAAGUACUUCACCUUAG